GCUUUGGUUGUGCUGUGUGCGGUCAUCCCCAUACACAACGCGAAAAGAAGUGAAAAAGUGCUCAUCGUGUGAUAGCAACUUCCACAGACUAGUGUGCAGAGAAAAACGAGUUGGAUUUUGUGCUAAAAAUUGAAAGUUUCGCAUUAGAAGUGUCCCAAAAUUGGCUGGAAAAACCCCUACCGAGGGCUGCAAUAAUCUGUUGAUUUUUUGUUACUCCAAUCUUGCUUGUGUCUGCUAGCGAGGACAACUAGGCCUCUGAGUGCUUAACCAGAAAAUAAAAGCGAACGAAACCGCCACACAAACAAUGGAGAAGAGAAUAGCACUGGAAAAACGCGGCCGCGCCGAUGAUCAGAUCGUCGAACUCAUACUGGACAACUGUCGCAGUACUUCGAUCGAAGGUCUCACUGACGGCUUUACUGCGCUGGAAGUGCUCAGCCUCAUCAACGUUGGUCUGGUAUCGCUGAAGAGUUUUCCCAAACUGCCCAAUCUGCGCAAGCUGGAAUUGUCCGACAAUCGGAUCUCGAAUGGGCUCAACCAUCUGACCGGCAGCCCCAAGCUGACACAUCUGAACCUUUCCGGCAACCGAAUCAAGGAGUUUGAAGAGCUAAAACCAUUGAAGGAGUUUGAAAACCUAGAAGUGCUGGACUUGUUCAACAAUGAGAUCACAUCAACGGAAGAGUACCGAGACAAGAUCUUCGAAUUGAUUCCGUCGCUCAAGUAUUUGGAUGGAUUUGACAAAGACGAUGCCGAGGCUCCCUCAGACGAAGAAGAUGGGGGCGCAGAGGAAGAGGAUGAAGAUGAGGUCAGUCUUGACGAUUCCGACUCUUAUUACGAUGAUAUUGAGAACGAUAUUUCCCUGGCAGAGGUCUACAGUGAGAACCUCGAGGAAGAUGGUUCAGAUUGGGCCGCAGAAUACAGUGAAGAAGGAGAUGACAUUGACGAGCCUACUGACGAGGACGAAGAAGAUGGCGAAGGAGGUGAAGCUGACGGGGAAGACGCAGAAGGUGAAGGUGAAGCGGCCGCAGAGAAAGCCGUUUCUGACGGUGAAGAUGGUGCAGCGGAUCCGAGGGGAAAGAAACGAAAACACGACGGCAACGAUGGUUGAAUGCCUUUCUUUUCAAACAAAAUAUCUUUAAUUAUUGAUAACUUUAUUGAUAAGUUUUGAUUCUAAGGAUACAAAUUAACAGAAGGAGGAAGCGAAAACCCAGAAAAAACGUAUAUAAAGAAAACCAAUACAAAUUUACAAUAAACCAAUCGUAGAGGACACCCGACACAGUCAAGCAAACAUAGUUGAACUGCACGCACUUACUAAUAGUAUCCCCUAGGUCAGCCAGCCAGCCAGCCAACCGACGGCAUGUUUUAUACAGGAAAUCUGGUUCCGGUUGCGAUUUUUACGCAAUUGAUCAGAAUACGAACGGAGAAGUCAGUUCUGCGUAAGCAGAUUUUGUUGAGCGCCCUCCCAGUUUCCCAUCAUCACACUCACACAGCCCCCGCAAUUGAUCCUAAAGACAAACUUCAUUUCUACUAAAAAUCUGAGACUUGCAUUAUAUGAUUGCAGAAAGUGCAAACCUUAAAAAACAAAUCAAAAAACUAACGAGCGCGCUUCAGUUUUAUGCUGGCAUCAUUUUGCUGCGCAUCGCGCGACGAAUAUUGCUUGGUUUUGUGUAAAACUACAAAAAAAACUGUAUUUCCAUAUAAGCAAACUGGUUGAAAAUACAAACAAAACAGGAAAGUGAAAUCAUCGUUUGUUGAAUUUAAUCAAUAACUUAUAAAGUGAUGAUUGGUUUUGAAGCUGGAGAUUGUUUGUUUUAGUGUAUGUAACAUAACUUGUCUGUUUUGUACUCGCUCCCACGUUACUUCAAGCAUUAGUUCUAGUGUGGGACAUAUCCAGUUCUUUCUCUGGCCUUCCGCUGUAUAUUGUUUAACGUUCAAGAUUGUAACUUAACCUAAGUUAUGUAAAAUUCUGAAUCGGUAGAUAUGUUUAUUGUUCUAGAUAUUUGCAUUACGGCUUUCCCCUAUUAGAGACAUUGUUGCGAAAUCAGAGGACUCAUGCAAAAACAAAAAUUUUAAUUACAGAUCAGAAGUCAGUGCUAUAUAUAGUGGGGAAGGUUUAUACAGCAACAACAAAAAAAAGAGUAAAAUGAAGAAAAAAAUCAAAUAAAAAGUCAACAAACUGCUGAGUCGGAAAUUGAUAGAAAUGAGAUGAAUACAAGCAAAAUUUAUAAUAUUAACUGAAAGUAUUUGUUUAAAUAAAAAAAAGU